GACAGUUUAAUUUAACCGCUUCUCCGCUAAUGAAUAUUUCAUAAAUAUAUAUAUGUAUACUGAGUAGAAACAAAUUACCAUUGUGAUCAGGAGAGACACCUGCCUGCUUGCAUUCUUUCUUUCAUGUGGAUUAUUUUCCUUGACACAGAGAAAUGAGAACAAUCAGAACUAUGUUCGUCAUUAUUAUUAUCAGUACACAUUAUGACAUCAUAUUACAUAAAUAGUGAUUCAUUUUCAUUGAAGGUAUGCUUAAUAUCUGUCUAUCUGAAUGGAGUUCAUAUCACAUCAAUUAUCAUAUCCACUUAGUCCUGAUUGUCUGCUGUAUAAAUCUGAUUGAAUCACGAACAAUUCGUUAUCAAAUUGAUGAAGAACUUAAAAUCAAUACACCGAUCGGGAAUUUAUUGAGUAAUAUACAAAGUGGAGUACAAAAUUUACGCUUUAUAAAAAUAUCUAAUACCGACGACUCUUCAGCGUUAUUUACUGUGGACCAGUUCUCUGGUGAUAUAACAAUUGCUCAUAGAUUAGAUAGAGAACAUUUAUGCAGCCAGAGUGAUCGAGUAAAUAAACCUGACACUUAUGAGAAUCUGGUCACUGAUUGGACAUCGAAUGUUAUUACAACCGCGCAAAGUACAAAAUGUGAAUUAUAUUUUAGUGUGAAUUGUUUAAAUGUGACACCGAUUAAAAAUCUUGGGAAUCAAAAUAAAAGUAAAACACCGGUAAGUAAUAAACUGGUAGCUAUUUUCGAUGUCAUCGUGGAACUCAGGGAUAUUAAUGAUAACGGAUGCAAAUUUAUGCCUGCAAGUGAACAGAUCGUGAGAAUACGUGAAGAUUCACCUAUUCGCGAAACACGACUACCACUGAAUACCCCACAUGAUCCAGACGAUGCAGUCUUAGGAAAUACUGUUAAAUCAGAUCUUGUAUGGAUCCGUGAUCAGUCUAAGAAGCUAUCUCCGUUGGACAAUCAGGAUAUAAAUGCCACAUUCAAACUACGCAGUCUUUCAUCUUCCUAUAAUGAGAAUAUUAAACUGGAGUUGGAAUUGAUCAGUGAGUUGGAUUAUGAAAGUCGGCAAAAUUAUACAUUUGAAAUCGUCGCUGAUGAUGGCUUUCCAUCAGGUGGACAUCAGUGUUACCUGAAUGUGACUGUACUCGUCGAAGACUGUAACGACCAUAUGCCAGUGUUCGAUCAGUCCACGUAUGUUGCGAAUGUUAGCGAAGACACGAUCAUUGGCCAGACGAUUGUAAAGAUUAAAGCGAAUGAUGCAGACGACGGGGAAAAUGGAAGAGUUCUGUACAGCCUUGAUUCAUAUACGGAUAACACUGAUGACGGCAGUCUUUUCUAUAUUCAUGAAGACACCGGUGAAAUAAGGCUUCAGCGGCGUUUAAAUCAUCGACUGAAGCCUCAACAUGUAUUGAAAGUAUUUGCUAAGAAUCCUGACCAUACUCUAUCAAGAAAUAUGAAAUCUUUACAAACUCAAUCCAAGCCAUCUACAGCUCAGGUUAUUGUCAAUGUGAUUGACACAAAUGAUCACUUUCCACGGAUUCGGAUUUUGUCGCCUACCGGUUCAAAAACUCUAGAAAUAAUAGAAGAAUCUCCGCCUGGUCAAGAUAUUGGCAUUCUAGAUGUUUCUGAUGGUGAUACAGGGAAAAAUGCUGAAGUGAACUGUAACCUAAAAAAUCAAACAAUUACAGGUGUACUCAGUUUAAUUCCAAUGAAUAAUGAAAUCAUAGGGAAAGAAAUGGCACUUGCCAAUCGAAAGUACAAGAUAACUCUGGAGAAACGUAUCGACAGAGAAGAAUAUCCUUCUAUAGAAGUUACCAUUUUAUGUCGAGAUUCUGGAAUACCACGUUUAACAAGUACACUAACACAAAGCAUAAAAAUAAUCGAUGUAAAUGAUCAUGAUCCGAUUGCUGAACAAAAUGUUUACAUGAUUGAGGUCAUCGAAGAUUCAGAUCCGCAAAGAAGUAAGGAUAACUUUGAAUUGAUCACUAUUCAUGCCACAGAUAAAGAUGAAGGUCAAAAUGCAAAGUUACACUUCGCUUUGGAUGAAGAGACACCUGUUCACCUAUUGAAUGUUGUCACAGUCGACUCGAAUUCAGGUGUCUUGCGGACACUAGGGAAUUUAGAUCGUGAACAGUUGAAUGCAUUUUCUGUGACAGUUGUCUGCGCUGAUCAUGGGGAACCACAAAGAAUGACUAAGGUAUUUAUCAAUGUACGCGUUCUUGACUACAAUGAUAAUUCACCGGCAUUUUCUCAACCGUAUUUUGAAUUUCUCCUGAAGGAAAAUAAUCCCGUUGGUCAGUUGAUAGGUUAUUUUGAAGUCACAGAUAAAGAUAUCGGUGAAAAUGCUGAACUAGAGAUCUAUAUUGAAGAAAAUCUUGAACGAUCACAGGUCCAUCUGACCGCGUUGAACAAUAAUUUGAAACUGUCAAGUGAUGUAAAACAGCUGAGAUUUAACUCGGGUGGUGGUUUAGUCUCCUCGUCGGGGAUAAGACAGAGGAAAUACACGGAUUACAGUUCCAAGUUUAAGCUAAGUUAUCAGAAACGUCCCAGGACGAAUAUUUCCGCUUCAGUUAAUGGACCUACACUCUAUGAUAUUCAGUUGUAUGCAGAGUCUAUAAUAGAUCGUGAAAGUUUAUUUCUAAGGGAUGCUGGCGUCUUUCCGCCUGAUCUAAUACCAAAUUACGAAUCUUUUGAUUCUAGUACUACUACUACUACAACUAUUCAUAAUAACAAUAAUAAUAACAAUCUUUAUAAGUAUACAGAACUAUCAAAAUUGUCAAGUCAGACAAACUAUUCUACAAUAACACCAACUAUUUUUCUAUUAAUACGCGCCCAGGAUAAAGGCAUUCCAAAAUUAUCUGAACAUGUCUCAAUACGUGUACAUAUUUUAGAUGACAAUGACAAUUCACCUCGGUUUUUAUAUCCUGAUUCGUAUAGUAUCAAUAAAACUAAAGUUUACUUAUCUUAUAAAGAACCAAUUGAUUAUGCUUUUACACAAAUCCAAGCUGUAGAUGACGACGCUGGUGAAAAUGGUACUAUCGCCUACUUCAUUCAUUCUGGUAAUAAUGAAGGCUAUUUCAAAUUGAAUAAACACACUGGAGUAUUAAGUGUUAACAAAGAAAUAUCCUACUCAGCCAUAGGUGAACAUAUACUGAGAAUAGAAGCAAGAGAUGGUGGACAACCAUAUCGUUUUACAAUGGCAGAAUUAAUCAUAGAAAUUGAUCAAUCCGCCUCCAAAGCCUAUUUAACUAUGGAUGCGUAUAAUUUCAACGGAUUGAGUGGGCUUUUCAACUUUGGUGCUAGCGGAUAUACAUUGAACUUUUAUAUUAUUGUUGGAAUUAUUGCGUCGGCUUGUAUUAUAUCAACUGUACUGAUAACUUUCGUCUUUGUUUUUCUACGUAAAAAUAAACAACAGCGUAAUUUUCGACAUGUACCUAUUGCAAUCGAUAGAAAUGGAAAUAGUAAUAAUAUUAAUAAUAAUAAUAACAAUAUUAAUCACGGUGAAACGAAUAUGACCAAUUCACCUUUAAGUUGGCAAAAAGUGGAUCAGCUGAACAGUUAUGAAUUUGGUACAAUUCCUGGAGGAUAUGGAGUUAUCCAACCACUUCCCGACUGUUUAUCACAAUUCUCCGCGAAUGGCGGCAAUUCAAGCUUACAGCUGCUAAAUUAUCCAAAUGGCAGUAUCUACUCAUCACCGAAUACUCGAAAUUUUCAUAUGGAUAGAAGAAAUUCCCCGGAUUACUUCACAUAUAUGGAUAAUCGUAAUAAUUAUUCAGUAGAUAAUUGUAAUACUACUACUAAUAAUAAUAACAGUAACAUUAACCGAACUAAUUAUUGCAAUUAUAGUAUUGAUAACAAUAUCAGUAGUAAUGAUACGAAUCAUUAUAAUGAUACACUAGGCAGCAGAAAAAUUAAAAUCUUCAUUCCUCGAUCUCAUCACGACACAAUGAAUGUGAUAUCGACUGCACAUGACGAAUCAAUUUGUACAGAUUUUAAAUAUCCUUAUAAAGCAUGUUCAAAUUACUUUAAUACAGAAAUGCAUCAGGCGGUUAAUCCUAUCCAAUCUUAUCCAGCAUGUUUGAAUAAUUGAAUACAUCAUGAAACUAGGGUGAUUAUUUGUACAGCACAAGAGUAAAGAAUCAUGAGAUAUUCCAUCGAAAAUUCGAAAUGCUUCAUUACGCAUAACUCCUGGUUAAUUCUGAAGAUGCCAUAUCCAUGUAAACUUAAAAGAAACUCUUGGACCAAUAUAUUCGCGAUGAAGAAAACAAGCCUGUUUCCCACAGAAGGAUAAAAACAUUUUGACCAUGGACAUUCGGUAUAAAAACUUUCAGUAUAAAAUGAUUAUUCACCGAUUUUCAGCUCAUUCAGUAAUAUCCUAAACGAUUUCAAGUCACUACUUUGUCGCAUGCAUAUUUAUGACUGAUACUCUGUCAGAAUGUGUUGAUUUGUCAAACCAGUAAUCUGUAUAUACACAUAUAUAUUUAUGCAUAAAAGAAAAUUCUGUGCAUACCUUUUUAGGGAAAAAUUAUUGUAAAACAGUUUCUUCUCCUUCUUUUUCUAUGGAUAAUUCCC